AUGGCUCAAGUAGCUGGCACCGUGAACCCCGAUACUUCAAUCGGCCAACAACAACCAUCAUCAACCACCACAAUCCAUAACGCUUCUUGGACGAGAUUUCGGGACUUGAUUGCCACAAUCGUCGGUGGUCUACAGGCCGACGUCUCAUUGCAGCACUGGACUGCAAAUCUAGCCGGAACUAGCGCUCUCUUGGUGUUUACAUACAUAACUCUGGGCUCGGUGAUCGAAAUCUCAUGCAACCAGAUCAAGCGAUUGGCACCAUCGGCAGCAGCCAAAACAAGUAGCAUAGGUGCCAGACCAGUUGUAUCGCCUGCUAGAGCAUCGGUGGUAGUGCCUCCACCAAAGAUCACUACAAUUGUCGCAAAACCAGUAGCUCGUACAAAGUGGCUGUUCAGGCUCGUAUCUACUGGAGGCAUGCUAUUUGUAGCGUAUCGUGUAUGUGUAUGGUAUGCUAUGCGUCAGAUUAAACCUAGACCGAUCUUAAAAGUUCCAUCACGGACGGCGUCGCUUGUAGUGGCACCUCCAGCUAUUGUACAGAUAUCGAAGCCUGUUGUGCCUGUUACGGCUGAGUCCCCCGUUGUGGUGGCUAGAGAACUGCCAGCAACAUAUCAACCUGACGUUCUUCCUGACACAUGCCCCGAGUCUCCGCCACCACCAUAUACUGAAAACACGGCUAUAGCACCGAUUUCCAAAGGAAUAAUAGUCGAAACGCCAAACACAUUAGUAAACGCAGUCGUCAUGAAAGCGCUCGAUACUGUAAAACAGGACAUAUUACAAGACGUAUCAGUCAAACAGGCUACCAAGAAUGUAGGAAACUUGCCACCACGUGCAGAAACUCCAGAUAUACUACGCAGACAAGACCAAGUAUCGAAAAGAUCCGGCACUCCACAACCAGUGGCAGUGGUGCAACAUCGACCUAGUUUACAAACCGCUGAUUCAAUACGUAGCAUACCGUCAGGCAGUGCCCGUCUUGUAUUUGACAAGAAGGGAGCAUCAAAAUCUCGAACACAAGCAGCAGAGCCACCCAAAUCAGCAUUUGAAGGGUAUCGAGUCAUUGCUCGUCCGACUGAUGGGUCAGCGCCGAUUCCACCUACACGGACGAUAAUGGAUAAACGGUUUGGGAGGAGUAGUACUGUGCGUCCGUUUAAAAAGACGUUGCCAUUGCCACCUGGUACUUCUACUCCAGGUGGAGUCGUACGGGAACGCCCACCAGUUCCAUCACUCUCCGGCUACAACACCGUAGCCAGGUUCUCAGACGAGGCCGUGCAAGCCCGACGCCAACAACGUGUCGACGAGAGCAGCAAAUCAACUUCAGGCAGAAGCACACCAGUGCCCCAACCUAUAAUAACACGCCCAGUAUCCCGCAUGUCGGAAGACGCACCCUCCAUCCCGUCCAUAUCACCAUCCCUCGAAACAGACGAUAUGCUAGGCUCCAUCAUGAGCGCCAUCGAAAAGGACGUCGUAGUUGAGCCUGAGUUGAUACUUGAUCAUGUAGAGAUUCGACCGCCGCUUAUCAACAUGCAUGGUGUCGAGCAACCUGUGAUUGUAACAUCGCCGGUAACUUCAACACCAUCAUCGCCUAUAAUGAACUCAACGGAAGUAAAACACAGUCCAAGUCCCAUAGCAUGGCAGUACACGCCUGAAGGACGGCGUAUACUGGCGUGGGAGAUGCAUCCUAAUCGUGAUGAAUGGGCCGAUCCGGUUACGAGGCAGGACGUGCAGGUUGGUGGGGACGAGAGGGUGUGUUGGGCUGCUGUGAGUAUGCAGGGGUGGCGAGAAGAAAUGGAAGACGAACAUACCGCAAUCCUAAACCUAUCAUCUACAACAUCUCUAUCCGACAUCUCUUCACCAGCUACAAACGCAUACUAUCCCAAAGUCAAAGUCCCUGCAUGUUCAUUCUCAUCGUCCCCAGUCUCGCUCUUUGCAGUAUUUGACGGACAUGGUGGUGAAGCAUGUGCCAAGGUAGCGUCGCUCGGCCUCCCGCUCCGAGUCGCACGAGACGAAGCAUUCAGACGCGGAGACUACAAAUCUGCGUUACGGAAUGGGUAUCUGGGCGUUGAUGCUGAUAUGCAAUCAGAUCCAGAACUAGGCCAAGACGUCGCAGGCUGCACAGCCGUAACAGCUCUCAUAACACCCGACUACAGAAUCCUCGUCGCAAACGCAGGCGACUCUCGUGCAGUGCUCUCAUCAUCAGGUGACGCGCUCCCACUCUCAUUCGAUCAUAAACCCACCAACCCAGACGAGUACGCACGUAUCCGUACAGCUGGCUCGUUUGUGGAAAACGGGCGUGUGGAUGGGAAUCUGGCGCUAAGUCGCGCGCUUGGAGAUUUCGAGUACAAGCAGAACGUCAUGCUGAGUCCUGAAAGGCAGAUCGUCACGGCGAAUCCGGAUGUUGUGGAGAGAAGGUGUAGAGAUGGGGAUGAGUUUGUGGUGCUGGCUUGUGAUGGUAUAUGGGACUGCAUGACAAACCAAGAAUGCAUUGAUUUCCUGCGCCAGUGUAUCGUGCUCUCCACACACGCAAACCCAAUCCAGGAUGCGUCUCAACAGCUGCUGGACUACUGUAUGGGGUCUAGUCCUGAUGACUAUUGUGGAACGGAUAACAUGACGGUUCUUGUGGUGGCGUUGUUGAAGGGCAGGAAGGUGGAUGAGUGGGAUGGCGACAGAACCACCACGCCGUACAAGCCAGCAAGUUACACCACCUCUAAGUCCAGCUCCAUGACACAUAUAACGCAAUUCAUGCAGGACCCCAACAUAUUGAUACAGACCUCUGCUUCAACCAAGCCUAGAACCAGCAGCUACAAUGCCCCAAAGCUGACAAGACUUUAUGUUCUGCAGGUGCUUGCUGCUAGAAAAUCUGGAUCAUCGGCACAACCAGCUGUUGAGAGAUUUCCUAGAGACAAGGAAUUUCGCCCUAGGUGGAAACUGGACUUGUUAGAUGCUUUUGCUGAUAUCGUCAAUGGGGAGAAUGCCUGCACGGCCUGCUACCUGAGUGAAUCGGAAAGGGUGAUAUAUCUAUCUGUAAAUAGUGAUCACAACCUUGCUAGAACUGUGGAAUUUACAAAUACUGAGUGGAACAAGAUGAAAAAGAUUACUACUAUCAAAGACGUAACCCAUGUAAACAGUCGUGACUGCGAUGCUCUCGUCACUGAAAUCUUACACACUCGUACCAAGUAUUUGAAGGCUUUGCUGAAACGGAAGACUCCCAAGCAAUCCAGAAUAUACUACAAUUGUGCCAAAGUCUGA